UCCAUGCUGCAGUGACGGUGACACACAGUCAAAUGAGGAGUUUGGCAAAAUCUAUUGAUUUCUGGGUGAGGUUUGUACUGAUGUAAAAGCCUAACUGGCACGUCUGUGUUGAAAGCCUGUGUUUAACUACGCACAUGAGGGAAGAUCAGAGAGUUACGACGUGUGUUCCUGGCAAGCCGACGAGACAGACUGAUUGCUCAGACGUGCAGCAAAGAUGGCCUCCGCCACUCCGUUCAGUCGCAGACAGUGGGCGUCCCAGUCACUGAGGGUCACCGCCAAGGAGCUGUCCAUCGUCUCUGCCCGGGGUAAAAACAACGCCAUUGCAGAGCGCUUCUCCAAGUACCAGAUGGCAGCAGAGGAGGGGAAUGCAGAGAAGAAGAAAGCAGUUGCAGAACCUCUUCCCUCCACACUGCGUAGCGGGAAUCUGAGUGUUUUAAAGAAACGCUGGGAACAGCAGCAGCAGCAGCCGUCCACCCACAGACCCCAACCUCAAGCCUUCAACGCUGCUGACCAUCAGACCCACAUCGGUCAACCAGCAGGCCCCACACCUAGACCCACAUCACAGAUCGAGAACCAGCCGCUCUCACAAGACCAGACCACUGAGGUGGAGACACAGGUUCACUCUGAGACCAGUGAGACCAGCUCCAACCAGCUGACAGACAUGGAGGUGAAGCCCAGCAGAGAGUCAGAGGGAGCAGCAGCUGAAGUACCAGAGUCUGAGAAGCCCAGUGUUCCCCUCAACAGCCUCAAGAUGAUGUUUGAGAAGGGAGAGAACCUGACCCCAGACAGGGUGUCCAGAGAGCAAACAAGAGGAAACAACGGUAACACUGCCAACAUGGACCAGAUGCUAGGAGAUGGAAGUCUUGCAGAGUCGACUCCUCUCCGGGACAGGAUGGCCCUCUACCAAGCUGCCAUCUCCAAACAGGAAGUCUCUCCCACCUCGGUCAAUAGUGAUCAGCUGGACGGUUUCUGUGGGAAGCAGAAGGAGAACGUUCCUCCGUGCACUCUGGACCUGACUCCAGAGUGUGAAGCAACCAGCAGAAAAGGUUUAACCUCAGAGAGCAACGGUUCUGCUACUGGCACUCCUGCGUCCUCCAAUCAGAGAGACUCCUCUCAGCCCAAGACUCCCAAAGGCUUCCGUCUGCCUGCGAGAGAGACCUGUGUGUCGUGUCUGAAGACGGUUUAUCCUCUGGAGAGGCUGGUGGCCAAUCAGCACGUUUACCACAGCUCCUGCUUCCGCUGCUCACACUGCAACACCAAACUCAGUUUGGCGAACUACGCCUCCUUGCACAACAACGUCUACUGCAAGCCGCACUUCUGCCAGCUCUUCAAGGCCAAAGGCAACUACGACGAGGGCUUUGGCCACCGGCCCCACAAGGAGCUGUGGGAGAGCAAAGGGGAGAGUGGCGAGACCUCGCCACAGCCCACUACUCAGACCAAGCCAAAGAGCCCGGCCUCAGACCUGGACAGCCCCAGUGUGGAGGACUCCCCGCUGGCUAAAGUCAACGUGCUGACAGCCAAUAUGGAGGCUCUGGGUCAGGGAUCGGCAGAGAAGAGUGACAGACCCACUGAGACCCGCAGGCUGAAAAUCUCCUGGCCGCCACGCACGGAGGGGGAGGACUCACCUGGCCGCAGUGGAGCUGCAAUAACCACAGAGGAGGGCUCCGCCAGCAAGCCCAUCAGACCCAAGUGGCCCCCAGAGGACGACUCAUCCCCAGAACAGCCCAGAGAGACGCCCUGCCUUCGCCGCACCUCCUCUCUGAAGGAGCGCAGCCUGCCCUUCACACUGGCAGAACAAGCUUCUGCUCCUGAGGCCAGAAAACAGAGUCCGCCUCCUCCUGUGGACGACCGACAGCUCAGCCCUGAACCCACCAGCAUGAUGGAGCUGCAGCAUGGCGGCCAGUCGACAGACAGCCAGACACCCACCGAGGACAGCUGUGUGGACGUCCACACCAGCUCAGGAGAGGAGGAGCAGGAGGGGGAGAUGAAGACUGAAAACAUGCCGGACCAUCAGGAAGAUGACACCCCAGAUGAACAACCUGAGGAGGAGGAGGAGGAUGAGGAGGAGGAGAAGAUGGAGGAUGAGGAAGACGGAGGUGUACUGGAGGAAGAGAUGCCACCUCUGAAGCUGCAGGAGACGCCGACAGACAUGUCGUCUCCUGAAGGUGAGGUGGAGGCCAGCCGGUCGUCUCAGGAUGUGGGGUUCUGGGACAGCGAGGAAGUGGAGGAUAAGGAGGAGGUGGAGCAGCAGCAGGAGGAGGUGCUGACGGUGGAGGAGAUGAUCAAAAGAAACCGAUACUACGAGGACGAAGAGGAGGAAGAGGAUGUAUAAACUGAUCUAUCAACAACAUGACAGCCGUGGACACCUGGAGGACUUCAUGCCAUUCCUUCUUCUUUUAGAUGUUUUCUUCUUCUUCUCUUCUUAAAAGAGAGUUGCUGCAGUCUCUAGUGUGAACUCUACUGAACUCUUUGUGCCUCUGACACCUUUGAAGCCAUUCCUACAGGAUAGUUUUUACAAGACCGUGUCGCUCUGACAUCGUUUGUUUUUUAAUGUACAAUAUUUAAAAUUACUCCCCAUGUAAUGAAUAUUUUUAGCACAGAAACGUCCAAAUGUUAUGAAACAUAGAGAAUUAUUUUUGUGUUUAUGGCUUUUGUAAUUUUCUAUUUUCAUUGAACGCCUCCUAAUCUGGACUGAAACUGCUGUUAUAAGCACCAGUAACAUGAUCCUCUUACUGUUCUUAUACCGUGAUAUGGGAUCAUUACAGUUUACGUAGCGUCUGAAUGGAGUCAUUUUUGGUAGGAAAGCUACAAGACGACGUGCUAAAUGUUGUAACACAUGCCACUCUGUUUUAGAAAAUAAGCCCAGCACUUUGAUCUGUAACCAUAGCUUUCGACAACUUCUGUGGAGAAUACAUCUGUCACCUUCUUUUCUUUUCAGUUGCCAUUCUGUAUGUACGUGUUAAACUUAAAAAACGCUUUGUUCUUUUUGACUUAUAACUGGAUCUGAAUAAUGUUGUUCUGUUGUUUUUAAACCAGGGGACCAAAUACUCUAGAUUACUGCUGUUUAAAUAAAUUGUUAUAUACAAAA